AUGGAUAUACAAUUUCUUGCUGAAAAAUCUACGAUUCUUACUGGAUAUGUUACUAAAUAUAUUAAUAAAGAAGGGAAAAGUGAAUUAUCCGAUUCUAAUCUUGAGAGUAAAAAUCAGAAAAACAGAAAAGUGGCGAGCUAUCUUUGGAAUAUUGGUUUACGAUUCAUGAAUAAUAGGGAAUCUGGAGCUCUUGAAGCUGCUGAUACAUUGCUAGGUAUUCCUUUAUAUGGGACUGAUAAAAAUACGAGUAUUAAAUGGUUAGAUGUUAAUCAAAUACGAUACAGAAAAGUUAAAAGUUGUAAAGAAGUUGAAGCUCUUGACGCAGAUUCUACAGAUAUAUUUUGUCUAUCUAUAAUAGACAAUCAUUAUCCAUAUAGACCGAAAGAAUUUGAAUCGACGUCUUUAUACGAAUUUGUAAAAUGGUAUGAUAUUACGAAAAUCAAACCACGAAGUAAAAAUAUGACGUAUUAUAAGAUGAACAAUGGUUAUUAUCUUAAACGGCGACAGCGUGGAUAUCUUAUUAAUCAUUAUAAAUAUAGUGUUAAUACGCAGCCGGAAAAGUAUUUUUUUUCAUUACUUCUUAUGUUUAAACCAUGGCGGAAAAUAGAAGAGCUUAAAAAUGGAUGUGAUACAUAUGCAGAAUCAUUUCACAAGAUAGAAUUAUAUCUUGUUCAAGCAUUGCAAUAUCAUGAAAGAAUGGAGGAAUUGCAAAAAGCAUUAGAAACAGCAAAUCAAUUAGUUCAACAACAAUUAGACGAGAAACAGCAUGAAUCACAAGAUGAUCCUGAUAAUCCGAUAGGUGUUCAAAAUAUUCAGGCUGGUGAAGCAAUACAAGAUUUUAAAGAUCUUGGUAAUAAAUGUAACGAAGAAAUUGAUAUAUCUGAAAUGAUGUUAAAAUUAAAUGGAGAUCAAAAAAGAGUAUUCGAUAACGUUACUAAUACCGUUAUGUUAGAUAAAAAAUUAUUACGAUUGUACGUUAGUGGAGAAGGAGGUACCGGAAAAAGUUUCUUGAUUAAAACUAUUAAAUGUUGGAUAAAACAAAAUCUCAGCAAAGAUACUGCUAUAGCGGCACCCACUGGUAUAGCGGCGUUUAACAUUGAUGGUUUGAGAGCACAUAGAUUGUUUCAAUUACCAGUUGAACAUGGUAAUAUUCCUAAGUACAAACCAUUAGCUGAUCACGUUUUAAAAAUUUUACGAGUAGAUCUCAAAGAUGUCCUUUUUAUAAUUGAUGAAGUAUCAAUGAUAUCUAAUUUAACUUUAUUGUAUACACAUCUACGAUUAUCUGAAAUAUUCAAUACUAUCGACUGUGAUGAUGGUUGGUUUGGUCAAAAACAUAUUCUUUUAUUUGGAGACUUGCUUCAAUUACCUCCUGUACAUGAAGAUCCUGCCUUUGUACGUUUAUCGAAUAAAUAAAUUCAAAAAUUUCUUGGUUUCUUACAUACUGUUUGUUAAUGGACUACCUUAUUUGACUAUGACGAAUUGACGAUUAAUAUGCGCCAGCAAGGAAAAUUUUAUCGUGAAUUACUCUCGAGAAUUCGUAUUGGUUUAGUAACAAAAUCUGAUUCUGACAUUCUCAAAAAAAGAAAAAUAUCCUUAAAAAGUGAGUCUCAAGAAGCAAGAUUAAAUGAAAUAUGUAAUUUUAUAGAUAAUUUACCUUUUGAUACUGUUUGUUUACUGCCUACUUGUAAUAUGUGUGAUGUUCUCAAUACUGCAAUGUUAAAUCGUAUUUCUUCAAAAGAAAUAUUAUUAAUUGCUGAAGAUGAGAUUUUUGAAUGUAUUCCAUAUAUCAAAAAAAAAGUAUCAAAAGUAUUAACGGAUAAUAAUGAUAAUAAUAGUAGAACAGCUGGACUUUCAAAACAAAUAUCAGUUAAAAUUGGAGCAAAAGUUAUAAUAAGACGCAAUAUUGAUGCCAGUUUGGGUCUUGUUAAUGGCACAAUUGCUACAGUUAUUUUAAUUGUGCAGAAUACUAAUUAUGUAGAAAAAAUUAAACUUCUUUUAUCAUCUGAUUUAGAAUAUUUUAUUGAAAGAGUAAAAGUCAAGUUUCAAGUGAUGGAUAAAGCAUUUGUUAUUAGAAAACAAUUUCCUUUAUCUUUGAGUUAUGCUAUUACCGUUCAUAAAAGUCAAGGAUUAACCAUGAAGAACGUUGUUAUGGAUAGAGGUAAUUCUGUAUUUAGUUGCGGUCAAAUUUAUGUUGUAUUAUCUCGAGUAACAUCUUUACAUGGGUUGUAUUUGAUUAAUUAUGUUCCUUCAUCUAUAAUAGCUAGUGAAGAAGCAAUUAUUGAAUAUAAUCGGCUAAAACGACUACAUAAACCACAAGCACAAAUUACUGCUAUUUCAAAAGAGGGUUAUCGUAAAAUUAAAAAUGUGCUAUGGGCAUUACCAAACAUAAUAACUUCCGUCCAACAAGCACGGCAACAGUACCGAUUCGGUGAAAUUACCGAAACGGUCAAAAAACCAUAUCGUGUGAACGGGCUCUUACGCGAAUCUGUCAAGAUUUCCAGACGGCGAUUAUGGGAUUUCAAUAACAGCUCUCCCUUGAUUGAGUUCUAA